AUGGCAGACAAGAUGGUUGAGAAUCGAGAGUAUACAGAUGCCUCUACACCGCCGGGUGAGCAUGAGCAAGUAUGCUCAGAGGUUUGGAUUGACUUGAGAAAAAGCACCAGAGAGGCCUUUACUGAAACCAUGCCGAAGACACGCGCAAGGAAUACUGUUUCUGAAUGGGAACAGCACCGGGAGGAACUUAGGGAGCUGUACAAGAAUAAUACCGCGGGGGAGAUAGCGGAUUAUAUGAAAGGAGAGCGCCGUUUCUGUAAAACGGAGCCUGAAUACCGUCAUCAUUUCUCACAAUGGGGUUUCAAAAAGUCCACGGCAAAAGAACGGUGGGAAUAUGCGUUUUGCAUGACACGGAAACGGAAGCGAGAAGGAAAGGAAGAGACCGCUACGUAUAGCCGCGGGAAACGGGUUUCUGAGGAAACGUUCAAGAAGGAGGUGGCUCGUAAUGUUUCUCUCAGCUAUCAGCAUACGUGUCUGGAGGUUCCGCCAACCCCCGAUGGAAUCAAAGUUUGCACUCCAGUGGAUACCAACGACUACUGUGAUCCAGGCCCUCAGAGCCCAGGCUGUAUCCAGGCUGACGCAGCUAUUGAUACUGGUAUUUCUCUGCAUCUGAAUGAUCUCCCUUGCUUUCAGUUUCAGAAUGACCAGCUGAGCCUUUUUGGAGCUCAAAAUACAAGAGAGCUAGAUAUCAGCUCUUCUGAUACUAGCUUUCAAACACCUUUUGAUACCUUUCUAAAUCUGAUUGAGACUCUGGGAGAUCCGUCUGCUUUUGAUUUUAACUAUACACUGCCUCAAAGUGCAAUCGUGUACCAGCAAUAUUACUCCACGGCCCAAGAUAUACCACAUAACAGUCAAGACAAUGCGAUUGUUGGAUCCGUGCCCAAAGAGCUACUUCACGAGGCAAGAAAAAUGCUUUCUGAAUGUCUACAAGAACGCGGACACACGCUUGAUUUUCCAGCGGGAGAUGACAUUGGCGAUAUUACGCGAUCCCUGGAACCUGUCAUGAUUGAACAGCGCGACGGUGAUCUGGCAAGAGGCACCAAAAAGCUCUUUGGACACUCAAAGUCAAAUGCUUUACUCCAAUUCUUUCAGUUCUGCGUCUAUCUUUCUUCCAAUAAUCUCCUGACAGACUAUAGAACAGAGAAAUUGCUUCGAUGGCUGACUAAAAAUGGCUUUCGCUACUUGUUAAAGGACGUCCUUCGGUCCAAAUCUACCACCGCCCAGGUUUUUGCCUCCAACUUGUUACGAAUCGCGAUGAGGCAGGGGGAUAUAGAAACAUCGAAGAUUCUGAUUGAUGCUGGAACGGAAACCGAUGUACCGAGCGGUAUGACAAUCAGGAGUACUGCCCUUCAGGAAGCUCUUGACGUGGAAGGGCCCAAUUGCAUUCCACUAGUUAGGAUGCUCCUAGACGCAGGGGCAAAUCCAAAUACAGGUGGAGAGGGGAGAACGCCUCUUUGUAGCGUGUUUGGCUAUUGGAAACCUCACACCCUGGAACUUGUGCGGAUGCUCCUUAAAGCGGGGGCAAAACCAGACCCACAGUUAGCUGCGACCAAAAAGACACCACUACAACUUGCGGUACGGCAGAGCCGACCCGACGUUGUACAGCUCCUGUUAGAUGCAAAGGUAAACCCAAACAGGGCUGCAUUAGGAUGCCUCACUCCGUUACAACUUGCGUGCAAGCACAAAAACGCGGAAAUUGUUGAUAUGCUGCUUGGCGCUGGGGCCGACGUCAAUGCUACCCACACACCGCACAGGGACUCCGAUGACCUACAUAUUUGUUCAAAUUGCGAAGGCGGUGCUGAGACUUUCAGGACACCAAUCCAGAUUGCAGCUGAAUACAGUAACUGGGAAGCCGUUCAGCUUCUCUUAGAAUCUGGGGCAGAAGUCAAUGCAUCGUUAUCAACAUGCUGCGAGGAAGAGCUCAAAGAUGAACUAUCAUAUCCGGAUUAUGAGUAUGAUGAGGAUGAUUGGGUUUAUUUCUAUCCUAUCCCUGUUUUUACUCCAUUGCAAGCAGCAGUCAAGGCAGGGGAGAUGGCCAUGGUUCGUUUGCUUCUUAGCGUCGGUGCCCAUAUCGAUGCCAGAUCGCGGAACGACUACGGGUUUACUGCACUUCAGAUUGCAGUACUAACUGGAAAUAAAAGACUAGUUCUCCUUUUGCUACGGAAAGGGGCUGAUAUCAAUGCUCCAGCUGGGCCGUAUAAUGGCCUGACUGCUCUUCAGGCUGCUGCAAUGGGGUCGAACAACAACGAGUUGCUGACUCUCUUGAUCAAUUCUGGAGCUGGUGUUAAUUUGCCCGCUAGUAAGAGGAGAGGCAUGACUGCAUUACAGGCUGCGGUGCGAGCAAGAAAUAUUGAAGCAGUUAAUAUAUUGAUAGAUGCUGGAGCAGAUGUCAAUGCGAGACCUAGCGACGUCGGUGGAAAAACUGCUCUGCAGACUGCUGCAUCUAUGGAUAAUAACACAGAGAUGGUGAAGACAUUACUGAAAGCCGGAGCAGAUAUUAAUGAUGUACCAGGCCUCUUUGACAGGAAAGAGACAGUCCAACUGCUUCUCAAAGCUGGAGCGACUGUUGAUCUUCCAGCUCACCUGUCAAGCCACUCACCUCUCUUACAGGCAGCCAAAAGUGACAACAUCGAAAUUGCAAAGCUUCUUCUUUCAGCAGAAGCUGAUCCUAAUGUUCCCGCUAGCUACAAUAACCCACUGACUCCUCUACAAGAAGCUGCACACAAAGGCAACAUUACCUUGGUUGAGCUACUUUUAAGCUACGGUGCGGAUGUCAACACUCCCGCAUUCCUAUCUGAAGGUAGAACAUGUCUGCAGGCGGCGGCAGAAGGUGGUUCUUUGUCGGUAGUAAAAGCGCUAUAUCGGGCUGGAGCUGACCCUAAUUUGCCGCCAGCGAGGAUCUUUGGAGUUACAGCUCUUGAAGCCGCAGUGGAGAAGAAAAACUUCGAAAUCGUCAAAUUCCUACUUGAGAAUGGCUCUACAUUAUCCGUCGCAAAUCAUGAGAGGAAUAUACUCAGUCUAGCAGUACGGACUUGGACUAUCGACGAAGAUCUGAUCAAAAUUUUGAUUAAGGCCGGGGCAGAUGUUAAUCCAACUAGGAUCGAUAUGGCUUCGGGUAUUCCCGCCGGUCGUGUCCUUCUUCAGGACGCUGCCGAACGAGCUAGCUAUAGCCUUGUACAGACAAUUCUAAGCGCGGGUGCAGAUGUUAACUUCCGGUCAUGCUCUAAAUAUGGCCCCGUUACCGCGAUCCAAGCCGCGGUAAGAAGCAGAAAUAUCGAUAUUGUACAAGCACUUCUUGAUCGUGGUGCCAAUAUCAAUGCGCCGGCUAAUGAAUCUUAUCCUGGGUUCACUGCUCUUCAGGAGGCAGUGUCAAGCGGAAACUUGGAUAUUGUUCGGCUUCUCUUAGACAAUAAUGCUGACGUCAACGCCCCCCCAAGCCCUACUCAUGGAAGGACUGCGCUGCAAGCAGCAGCGAGUAAUGGAAACGUUCGGCUUAUCAAGAUUCUUCUCCAACGUGGCGCAGAGGUGAAUGCCCCUGCUGCUUUAGACAGCGGAGUUACGGCACUCCAAGGUGCAGCAAUUGCGGGAAACAUUAGGAUUGUCAUGAUGUUGCUUGCCGCAGGUGCUGAUAUCAAUGGUGCACCGGCUAUAAAGAAUGGCCGUACAGCUAUUGAAGGGGCAGCAGAAAACGGCAGGUUGGAUACACUGCACUUAUUGUUGAACCACCAUCCGGAUACUGAAGACUUGGAGCUUAAGCGAACGAGGGCUUCGAAAUUGGCCUUUAAACAUGGACAUUUUGCAAUUAGCAGAUUCAUAAAGGCCUAUAGGAAAAACUAG